AGGCGUCGAAACCCUAAAGCAUUUUCCUCUCAUGCGCGCGUCGGCGGCGGCGGCGGCGGACGGCAUGGCGGGUGACGACGACGGCGAUUGUGCUAUGCUGGAGCCUUUCUUCUACGAUGAGGCAGCGACUGUGGCCGAGGCAACAGCUGCGGCGGAGAGGCGGGAGCGCGAGCGGCAGGAGUGGGCGCGGGAGAAGGCGGCGAGGGCCAAGAGAUGGGCGGCGCGCGAGGCCGUCCUCAACAGCAUCAAGGAGUACGACACCGAUGAGGGGAGGUACAUCUACACCCGCUACUACUUCGACGACGACUUGGACCUCGACGAGGAGUCCCUUCUCGCUCCCAUGCGCUUCACCGCCACCACCUACGCACCGGGCCAAGCCCUCCGCUUCUUGUGCAAUAUGGUCAACGUGCUCGACAUCCGCAUCAUCCUCCCCUCCGACUCCGACGAUGAUGCUGCUGCUGCUGCUUUCGGCUUCCCCAUCAGCGUCUACGGCUCCGUCAUUGCCAGAGACAUGCUUGAUUUGAAAUGUAUUCCUCUCUUCCGCCGCUCCAGGGAUCAUCCCCAGCUCAUCACCUCACAGGAUGAGCUGUCCUUGAUAUUGACUGGUCCUCAUCGAGGACUCCUGCUAAGUGACGCCAUAUACAUCGAGGUUGAUCUCAAGGUGAAGAUGCAGGAAGGUUGCGAGGACAGGCCAGUUAGUAAAGGACUGCUAGUGUUGGAUGGUGUAAGGCUUACAACAAGCUCAACCCAUUUGCAGACUGUGGUUAAAACCACCACUCUUAUGAGGAGAAGCUUCAGGCCCUGUACCGUGGAUGUCACCUAUGCGUUUCUCAGAUGCGCAGUGGAGGCUACCAUCUCUGUCAAGCUUCUGCAUCAGGGAGCCCAUUUCUGCGGACAGAUCACAGCUUGCACCAGCACCAUCCAAGAUAGCAUUCUGCUUCAUGAUAGCAAAUUACUAGCAGACACCGGUUUGAUGGAUGAUGGAUUUACUAUCCGACUAAUGCGCCGUGUCAUAGCUGUCUGUUUGUAUGAGAUGCUGAUAGUAACAAUUGUUGCUCAAACUGGUGAUGGUGCAAAUAAGUACAGACGAACCAUUGAUUUUACGCCAACUGUCAACGGUGAAGACGAAGCUCAGAUUACGUGUGGUGCAACCAGUUUGCUUGUGAAGGUUAAUUGGUCAUUAAUGGACCCAGUUAUUGACCAGUAGUUGGUUAUCUUUGUCAGGAAAUGUGGCCUUCUAACUAUAUGCACUGAAAUGGCUAUAUAUGUGAUUUUUUUUUGAGUCGUUCACCGGAGGGGAGAGUUUCCCCACCUGAAAAUGUAACAAUGCAGUCACACUUUGUUAUCGGCUUGUUAUUGAAGUAUGGAAGUGGAACUAGUGUAAUCGUAUUUGACCAACUAUGCCUUGAUAUUGUACUAAAAUUGCUCCUAUCAAUGCUUAGCCAGUUAUGUGUUC